GGCUGCUGGGCUCUGCCGGGCGCGGGCGGCGGCUCAGUGGCGCUUCCUGCCACGCCGGGCCUCCCUGGGCCGCGCCAGCUCCCCUCUGCCGAGGGCCGCACCGUGGCAGCCUCCGGGCCUGGGUGGGACCUUACCUGCUGGACUCAUCACUUGGAAUUUGUUCGAGGCACAAUGAGUUAUCCUUGCGUGUCUCUUUUGGCUCCACCUGCUCCCCAAGGUCUUGCCCUUCCCCAGGAUGGAGCCCCGGGAAACCAGGUCCUGGCAGUCCCUCUUGAGAUACAGGAGGCCCAGAACCUGGUGCCAUCUGAUGAUGUGGCGCAGUACCUCACAGAGAGGGAGUGGUUGAAGCUGGACCCUGAGCAGAGGACGCUGGCUUAUUACGGGAAUGUGACCUCCGUGGGAGUGCCCGUUUUGGAUCCUGCCUUGGUCUCCCACCUGGCACAAGGACAAGUGCUGUUGCUGUCAGACCCAUCCCUCAGCACGGAUCAAGCCAAGCACCCUGAGAGCACCUCUGUGACCUGCCACCAGACAAUGGGUGAAAAAACCCAGCCACAGGAGAUGACAUCCAUGAGCUCCCCCAGGGCCGGAGACCGCAGCACUGAGGUCAAACAGAAGGGGUACUCAGAGGGGAGGGGAGGGAGCCCACAGAAUCUGCCCAUAGAGCACCACUUUGCCUGUAAAGAGUGUGGGGACACCUUCCGGCUGAAAGUGCUCCUGGUGCAGCACCAGAGGGUUCACAGUGAGGCAAAGGGGUGGGAGUGCGGCGACUGCAGAAAAGUCUUCAAGGGGGCGGCCGAGUUAAAUGAGCACAGGAAGAGCCACGAGUCCUCCGAGCCCCGGCCGGGCCCCAGUCGGGCCCUAGAAGAUGCCGCCGCCGGGCCAGAGAAGAGGGGACAGCUGGAGAAGGAGGCCAUGCCCUUCGAGUGCGAGGAGUGCGGGAAGAGGUUUAAGAAGAACGCAGGCCUCAGUCAGCACCUGCGAGUGCACAGCCGCGAGAAGCCCUUUGAUUGCGAGGAGUGCGGGCGCUCCUUCACGGCGCACACUCACCUCUUCCGGCAUCAGAAGCUGCACAUCGCCGAGAAGCCCUUCGCGUGCAAGGCAUGCAGCCAGGAUUUCCUCGAUCGCCAGGAGCUGCUCAAGCACCAGCGUAUUCACACAGGCCACCUGCCCUUCGACUGCGACGACUGUGGCAAGUCCUUCCGCGGAGUCACCGGGCUGGCUGAGCACCAGCGCAUCCACAGCGGCGCGAAGCCCUACGGAUGCCUGCACUGUGGCAAGCUCUUUCGGAGGAGCUCAGAGCUCACGAAGCACCGGCGCAUCCACACCGGCGAGAAGCCCUACGAGUGCGGGGAGUGCGGCAAGGCGUUCCGCCAGAGCUCCAGCCUGCUAGAGCAUGUGCGCAUCCACAGCGGCGAGAGGCCCUACGUGUGCGGCGAGUGUGGCAAGGCCUUCCGAGGCCCUUCUGACCUCAUCAAGCACCGGCGCAUCCACAGCGGACUCAAGCCCUACGAGUGCGACAAGUGCGGCAAAGCCUUCCGUCGGAGCUCGGGCCUGAGCCGCCACCGGCGCAUCCACAGUGGCGCGAGACGCUGCGAGUGCAGCGAGUGUGGCCGCGUGUUCAAGAGGCGCUCUGCGCUGCAGAAGCAUCAGCCCACCCACCGGGAGUAGGGGACUUGUCCCCAGGGGCCGAUGGGGGGGUCAAAGGAGAUGAACAGUUUUGUAGUACUUUUCAAUUUUAUCGUCAGAGAGGUUAAACCGAUUUCUCCUGCCACCAGCAAUUUCUAAGUGUCCAUGUUUCCCAUUAUGGUAGUCGAGAGUAGCUUUUCCCAAUUGAACUUAGUUCAGCUAGGUUACCGGCACAGGGUGCCUUCGAGGUAUUUCAGCCCUCAGGCCUUGAAUGGUGAGAGACAUGCGGCUGAGGAAUGCUGGGAGGUCACCUCCUCUAGGCUCUGUCCCCAUGGGAAACAAACAGUGGCAUCCGUACAGUGCAAUCCCAAUGCUCCUGAAGAAAGAAAAGAUUGCCCCAAAAGUUUUUGGCCUAGUUGAAUUUAUAAAUUUUUAGGGAUGUAAAUAGAAUACUCAAGUGUCUUAUAAUAUUUAAUUUAUUAAUUUAGUUAUACAUGCAUAUUGUAAAUCACAUAUAACAUAGAAUAAUAUAUUAAUUUAGAAAAGCCUCCUUUGCGCCACGCCCCCCUUCCUGAGUGGCUUUAUUCCACCAGCUUGUGCGUUGUGACCGCACAGUCUUCCCCAGCACAGGAUCCCCUCAGUCACCAGUUUUGGCACUGCCGCUCGCUUCUGUCCGAGCUUUGCGUGGCAGCGCUGUGAUAACCCUCACGGAAGGCUCCCGCGAGAAGCUUCCUCCCAAGCCAUUAGAGCAUAUUCAUGCAACGGUAGGACAGUCGUCUCGUAUAUUUUUAACUAGUCCAAUAAGCGCAUCAUAGCCACUUAGGGUGGUGCUUUUUCAAAUGACCUUUUCAAAAGCUGGGUUUUGGUUUUUGUUUUAAUAGCACCCAACCCAUCAUCCUGAGGUCAUACUCCUAGUAAAACUUAAUCGAACUUAAAUGUUUUUGCCUCUUUUUCCUUAACCCAAUUCAACCUCGUGACUCAGAUACCUACCCAAGAUAAACAUCGACCUCUCGUGUUCAGCGUAAUGUUCUCAUCCUCAAGCAGCGCCAUUGGGUUCAAAAUGAAGUAGGUGAGAGAGGCCCGCAGAUAAGAGGGGACCAAGAGCCACUUCCGGUAUUGGGCCCAAAGGCACGUCUCCAACCCUCCGGCUUGCAGCUCUGUCAGUCGGAGGACAGUCCCAGUACCUGCCUCCCAAAGGUGUCAGAAGGACAGUGGCAGUGCCUGCCCGGCACGAAGGCACACACCCAAUGAAGGUCAUCUGCUGUCAUUGUCGUAGUUAUUGCUGUCAUUCUGCAGCUCGUUAGUGCCACAUGUAGGGAUGAGCCCCAGGCCUCCUGACUACUAGUGUCAUCUUUUUCUCAUGUGACAACCUAUAUCUACUUCUGUUUUCUUGCAUGCAGUUGUACGUUCAUCUCCUUUGACUGGUUAUCAAAUUGCCUUUGGAUAUAUUAACUUUGUAUAGUGGUUCUUUCUAUAUCAAUUGUGAUGUUCUCUUUUCCAGUUUUAUUACUUUGCUCUUUAUAGCACUUUUUAUUACAUUUUUGUUGCGCGAGCUUUUGAUUUUUACAUAGCCAAGCAUUCGUUUUGUAGGUCGUAACUUUCAUUGCUUCAGUACUUAGAUAUGAUGACAUUUUCUUCUAGAAUUUUAAUUACAAACAAAAAGUUGAGACCCUGCCCACCGAAGGUGACUGCACCAGGUGGGUGGGGCAGAAGGGAAUGGGCCUGAGGAUUAGGCCCAUUCCUCAUUCAGAUGCAGACUCUGCGUACUACCUGUGGCCAGCACUUGACUACCCAACCCGGCCACUGAGGCACACUACAGAUACGUCGGCCACGGAUUCCGCAGAGCACUCUGACUACUCAGGGGGACAGCCCCAGACACCAGCAGUGGGGCUUGGCCUCACCUGGACCAACAGGAUGGCACACCCUGGGCCUGGCAGCCGCCAGCCCACCUCCAAGCUCCCAGGAGCCUUGGCAAUGGAUUCAGUGACUGAGCAGCAGAUCCACCUAAGUAACAUCUCAGACACCAGAAGAUUCGUCUGACUGAUCUUCCCCCAGCAAGUGACUCGAAUCAGAAAGAUCAGUUGGGUGGCCUCUGCUUUGGGGCAGCUAAGGAGGAAGAUUUGUCUACCUGUGCUGGUGUCACCCUCUGAAGCCACAUCUAAGAUGAGCAACAGAACAGAGGUUCAGAGAGGAACUGUGUCUCUCUGACUGCCCAUGUGUCAUUCUGACAGAAGCUGGCUGCGCCAGGCUGGGUCCAGGAUGCAGUAGCCAUGCCUGAGAGGGCAGAAAGAGCAAUCAGGCCCUCCGGUGGCUCUGAGGAAUGGAACUAGGAACUGUCCAUCCUGGGUCCAGGCAUCACUGGUGGCAGCCUCCCCCAGGAAGAACAGCAGUGAGAGCUGGCCAGGAAGCUGGCCAUGCCAGGUCUGUGGCAUCACUUCCCAGCUGCUGUGCCCUAGGGGACACUAGAGGCCAGGGCCUGCGGCAGAAAUGCAGACACAGCCAGAAAGGGCUUCCCAGGCCCCCUUCUAGGAAGCAAGGUCUGACAGUGAUCCUUGUGGCCUUAGCCAGAAGGUCCUCCUCAGUGGCCCCAGGCCACCACUGUGGCCCUAUGGGACAUCUCCAUCCUGACCUCCAGGCUGGAGAGAAGCCCACAGUACCUGUUACAUAGUGACUCCUUUCGAGCUGAGCUCUGUUCUUGCAGUAGUUGUGAAUGUGUGUGAAGUCACUACUUUCUCCAGUCAGUUUUCCCUUUUCAAGCUGUUAGGGCGUGUUUUGUACAUCUGUCGUUGGACAGGGAAUGCUGACAGGUACCAGGCCCAAGUCUGGGCACCCUUAGCUUUAAGGAUCCUGCCAUUUCUUUGACCAUUCCUUCGGUCAUUUGUCCAGCUGGAUCUGAAGGG